CCUAAACUGACCAUGUGCGUUACGAAAAUAAAGUAAAUAUUUGACAUCUGACAGACUCAAUAAUAUUAUCAUAAUAUUAUAAAUAAACAAACAGAAAGAAUGGCAAAAAGGAAAGCUGAAUUAUUUGAGGAAACUAGUAGUUCAGGUGAAGAGGAUCCUAUAGUGGAUGAAGAUAUAUGUGCCAAAAAUGAUUUGGAAACACAAUUUAGCAGUAAAUAUUGCAUAUCAAGUGAAGAAGCCGUGUCUUUAAAACAUGUUUAUGUUUUAUCUUUAACUAGUAAUGAACAGUUUAAUAGAAUUGCUGCAGGAAUGUCAAAUGGUCAAGUUCAUUUGUUUGAUAUCCAAACUGGAAGUCGACUGGAUAGAAUACAUCCAAUAACACCUUCAGCAAAAUCAUCUUCAAUAUGCGGUCUAAAAUUUUUAAAUGAGAAUACUUUAUUAGUUGGAAAGACUAGUGGUAAAAUAUUUCUAUAUGAUAUUCGGACUAAUAAGAAAGUACAAACAUUUGAAGAAAAAAAUGAGGAUAGUCCAAAACCUAUACUUUGUUUUGAUUCAAAUAUUAAUGAGCGAAUUAUAUGUGCUGGAACAGAACAAGUACUGCGUGACAGUUAUAUACUAUUUUUUGAUAUAAGACAAAAUGAUCUAUUAGGAGCGUACUGGGAAAGCCAUCAAGAUGAUAUUACAUCAGUAAAAUUUCAUCCAAAACAAUCAGAUUUAUUAAUAUCCGGCUCAACGGAUGGAUUAAUUAAUAUUUUUGACAUAUCACAAAAAGCUGAAGAAGAUGCAAUUCAAAUGACUUUAAAUACAGAUAGUAGCGUUCAUCGGUUAAAUUGGCAUAAAAAUGUUUAUGAUAAAGACAUUAUUUCGUGCAUAACUCAUACAAAUGAUCUUCAAUUAUUUCAAGGCGACGAAGGUGAUUUAAUUUCUUCUUUUGAUAGAUCAAAAAUAACUACAGCAAUUAAGAGAAAUUUUGAAGGUGAUUGUUAUUUGGUCAAUUGUCAUAGUAUGGAAGACGAUUCAAUAUUCAUUUUAGCCGGAUCAAUUUUUAAUAAAGGCAAUGUUUUGAGAUCUUUAAAAGUGCUUAAUAAAAGUUUAGAACCUUUAGGUAAUUUUGAAGAAAACAAGCAGAUAGUUAGGGAUAGUGUCUAUAACAGUAAAUCUGGAAUUAUAGUGACUUCUGGAGAAAGCGGAAUUGUGACAGUUUGGACGGAAGAUAGUAAAAAUCCAAUUUCAAAUUUGAAAUCAAAAACUAAAAAUCAGGAUGAAGUAAAAUCGUGUAAAAGAGGUCGACUCAAUACGGAAGAUGAUUAAUAAGAAAAAAAUUAUAAUUUUGAUUUAAGACAAACGUAUUAUAGAAAUACAUACAUAUGUAUGUAAUGAUAGAAUCACUAUUUUGUAUGUAAUGAUAGAAGAAAAUUUAUAUUCGAAUUUGACGCAUAUUGAUUUAUUCCAAUUUGGAAAUUAAAAAUUUUUAUAAAUUUAUUAAUUAUAUUUUAUUGAUAAUGGUACAAUUGAAAUUUUCUGUUGAAUUUUAUGAAUAUACUUAGUUUACUCUAUUU